UAAAAAACACAAACUGUCUGAGACUCUCAACUCUGCUUUCAUCGCCCACUCGGCGGACUUUCCCACACUCCUUUUGCUCUUUCCUUCUCUAUUAAUUCAAACCCACCUUUCACUUUUCGCCAAAAAAACUCAAAAAGAACAAAAAUGGCCUUAGCUUCCCAAGCCUCCACGAAUCUCCUCCAAAACUCUUUCCUUCCUUCAAAACCCAGAAAUAGUUCCACUCCCAUCUCUCUCUCCAAACCCCGCAAGCCCUUCACUGUUCAAUGCUCCGUCGCAACUACGUCGUCGAGAGACCACGCGGUGAAGUAUGUGAAGGCGAGGCAGAUCGUAGACAGCCGUGGCAAUCCAACGGUGGAGGUGGAUCUUGUUACUGAUCAGCUUUACCGAUCGGCAGUCCCCAGUGGAGCCUCCACGGGGAUUUACGAAGCUUUGGAGCUUCGUGAUGGUGACAAGUCCGUUUAUGGUGGCAAAGGUGUUCUCAAUGCUGUUAACAACAUUAACCAAAUCCUCGCUCCAAAGCUCCUCGGCAUCGAUGUCCGGGACCAAGCUGAUGUGGAUGCUAUAAUGCUGGAAAUUGAUGGAACACCCAACAAGUCAAAAUUAGGCGCUAAUGCAAUAUUGGGAGUAUCCCUAAGUGUGUGCAGAGCAGGUGCAGGAGCAAAGGGGGUGCCCUUAUAUAAGCAUAUCCAGGAAAUAUCAGGAACAAAGGAGCUUGUAAUGCCAGUUCCAGCUUUUAAUGUGAUAAAUGGAGGCAGCCAUGCUGGAAAUAGUCUGGCCAUGCAAGAAUUUAUGAUAUUACCAGUAGGCGCGACCUCAUUUGCUGAGGCCUUUCGCAUGGGUAGUGAAGUUUAUCACACACUGAAGGGAAUAAUUAAGGCCAAAUAUGGACAAGAUGCUUGCAAUGUCGGAGAUGAAGGUGGAUUUGCUCCCAAUGUGCAGGAUAACAGGGAGGGACUGGUAUUGCUCAUUGAUGCCAUUGAAAAAGCUGGUUACACUGGCAAGAUUAAAAUUGGAAUGGAUGUAGCUGCCUCAGAGUUUCUCACUAAAGAUGGGAAAUAUGACCUAGACUUCAAGAAACAACCAAAUAAUGGGGCUCAUGUGCACUCAGCUCAAAGCCUCUGCGACCUCUACAAGGAGUUUGUUAAAGAAUUUCCGAUUGUGUCCAUUGAAGAUCCCUUUGACCAAGAUGAUUGGAGCUCAUGGGCUUCAUUACAAUCUUCAGUUGACAUUCAACUCGUUGGAGAUGACUUGUUGGUCACAAAUCCAACAAGAAUAGCUGAAGCCAUUCAGAAAAAGGCUUGCAAUGGUUUACUUCUAAAGGUUAACCAGAUUGGUACGGUGACUGAAUCCAUUCGAGCAGCACUUGACUCUAAAGCCGCCGGUUGGGGUGUCAUGGUCAGCCACCGGAGUGGUGAAACUGAGGAUAACUUUAUUGCAGACCUCUCUGUUGGCUUGGCUAGUGGACAGAUCAAAACUGGAGCUCCUUGCCGAAGUGAGCGUUUGGCCAAGUAUAAUCAGCUUCUCCGCAUUGAAGAGGAACUUGGAAAUGUGUGUUACGCUGGUGAAGCUUUCAGAUCACCCUAGGUGGAAGAAGUUCCAUUUCUCAAAAUUUUUAUCUGGGAAGAGCAAUCUCUCAACCUUUUCUUAUGGAAUGAGGUACUGGAUCAAAGUUUACAUCCUGGGACAACUCAUCUAAGCUGCAAGUCAAAGCGAAUGUAGAAAAAUCUUGAAAAUUUUUGCUUGAGUUGAUCAUCUUAAAUCUCAUCAGAAAGAAUUAGUUAGUCUUUUGAAGUGAAACCAUUUUGUCUUUGAGUGAAUAACAAAGUUCCGCUUUGAAGCACCUAUUGGAGUGCAUAUGGAACUGGUCUUGUGUAUCACCUAAUUUCGCACCUGAACUGGUAUAUUUUUUAAAAUUUCCUUUGCCGGAUGAAGUUUGCUUUAUGCGUCA